AUGAUCAAUCUGUACUCCUCGAUGCUAGCCCAACAAAACUGGCGCGACUUCUUCAGCGAUGGUCUUCACUUUUCUCGUAAAGGGUCGGAGUUCCUGGCGAACAUCUUCAUUUCUAUGUUCAGUGAAAUCCUCGUUGAUUGUCCAUUACGGCAAACAACUGAUUCGGGAGUUGAAGUUCUGUGCCGCCUACGCGGAGGCCUGCAAACAGAUCGCCGACCAAUGCCAGACUCGAAUGAUCAAUCUGUACUCCUCGAUGCUAGCCCAACAAAACUGGCGCGACUUCUUCAGCGAUGGUCUUCACUUUUCUCGUAA